AUGACCCCCGCCAUCGUCGCCGCCGGUCUCGUCGUCGUCCACGUCGUCCACAGCGGAGACUUUGGCACCGUCCUCAAGGGCCGCCGCCAAUCCGACGGCCACUGGGUCGCCAUCAAGGUCGUCCGCAAGGCCUCCUUGUCUGAGCGUGAGCACGCCGCCCUUCGCAAGCAAGCUAUCACCCUCCGCGUCAUCCGCCAUCGCUACAUCGUCCAGUUCUUCGACGACUUCGAGGACGACGCCUUCUUCUAUCAUGUCUUCGAGUUUCUUCACGGCGGCGAUCUCUACGACAGGCUGGAAGCCCGCGGCAGGCCCUUCUCUGAACCCCAGGUUCUCUUUCUCGCUCGCCAGCUCUUCUACGCAGUCAGCUACCUCCAUUCUAGGCGUGCUGCGCAUCGCGACAUUAAGCUCGAAAACUUUGUCUUCGAGACACUCCCGUCCGACCGCCGCCAAGUCAUGAAGCUCAUCGACUUUGACCUGCUCGUUGUCCGCUCCGCAUCCGCCCCGCCAGUCGAGCUAUGCAACAACAUCGGCGGCACCAUCCUCUACCUCUCCCCCGAGAUCGCCUCAGCACGGGAGCAUGUCCCGGAACAAUCCGAUAUGUGGGCGUGCGGCGUCAUGCUCUUCGUUCUCCUCUCCUACCACAUGCCUUUUCAGGGCUCUACAGGACGCCAAAUCCUUCGCGCUGUCCAAUCCACAGAGCCCCACUUCACCCCUUCCAUUUGGGCCUCUGUCUCCACAGAGACAAGGCAACUUAUUCGUGACUUGCUCUCCAAGAACGGCGCAAACCGUCCCACAGCGACACAAGCCCUCGAGCGCGUCAAAGCCAUCCAGGCUCUAUCCAGAGAGUCCCAACCGAGCUCAAAACUCCGCGUCUUGACCCGCAGCUUGCGCUCUGUUUCCCUCAAUUUAUGGGAUCCCUCAGGGCGUAUGCUCCGACGUUCUCGCAAUGCACCCCCCAAUGUACGCAAAGGCGACGACAAAGAUGCCUCUGGUACUACCCGCCGCUCUCAAUCUAACUUUCCAGGAGAGGAGCCCGUCUCUGUCAACAGCUUGCGGAGCUCCUUUGUGUUGCAUCAUGGCGCAGGUAGCGAGGCUGGAAGCGCACCUGUGGUCACUGACACACGCUCAGAUCAGUUCUUUGGACGCAAUAGCGCACUGGCGCUGACCAACUUCAAGGACCCUAGAGAUCCGCGUCCACAACCAAGCGUGACAAACAGCGAGUUUCAGACGCCGGUUACGCUUAGUGGGUUGCUUGCUAGGAAGCGAGCUGGGCAGCAACAUCGCAAUAAGAAUGAUUUGCCGCAGAUUCAAGCCUCUGGCUCACCAUCGCGCUCCAGUCGCAGAUUGAAAAAACAAAGCGGAUUCGCAAUGCGGCUUAGGAAUUGGAUAAGCCUCAGCGGCAGCGAUAGUGGCCGCUGA